AUGUUCAGGGUGAUGCAAUGUACGGAUCUGCAGAAGCUGAUGUUUGCCACCUAUAUGUUGGAGGGAGACACUCAUGAGUGGUGGACAAAUACCUCUCAGGUGUACGAGUUGCAGGGUCAUGUUAUCACAAGGCCAUUCUUUGAGGACUUAUUUCUGGGGAGAUAUUUUCCUUGUGAUGCUCAGGAGAGGAAACAAGGAGAGUUUGACCGAUUGGUGCAAGGCUCGAAGACUGUGGACGAGUACUCGGCAAAGUUCAAUGAACUGGCCAAAUUUGCAUAUUUUCGUAUUGCCAUGCCUACCCCGACAUUUCUGUCUUCUAAGUUCCGUAGGGGACUUAAUGAGGAGAUAGCUGAUAGGAUAGUUGGAGCGGCAUCCAGAGAUUUUGGCAAGUUGGUUCAAUAG